AAGCUCACCGCCAACACUAAAAGGCUCCCUUUCGUAGGUGAUAAGAUGACACAAUAAACGUCGAUUGAAGGGUUCUCAAUGAGAUUGUCGAUCUAUCUUCGUAAUUUGCACUAGGAGGGCUCGAGCGACGGGCCAUUACUUCUCUGCAGCCUAUCCUCAAUUCGCCCAAGAUGAACACAGCCAAAAGUUUCAUGUUCAAUUCUCUCGAUUCCAUCACAAUCCGAAACCACCACCCAGGUGACAUGGGCUACAUCACACACCGACACGCCGCUAUUUAUUCCAAGGAACAUAAUUACGGCGAUUUAUUCGAGGCCAUGGUCAGCCAAAUCACGGCCGACUUCCUCCUCAAUCUUGACCGGGAGAAAGAGCGAUGUUGGAUCGCAGAAAGGGACGAGAAAUUUCUGGGCUCUAUCAUGCUCAUUAAGGACCGCGAAGCAGCUGGCAGAGCGAAGCUACGAUGCUUCUUGGUAGAAAAGGAAGCACGUGGUUCUGGUUUGGGUACAGAGUUGAUACGGCUUUGUGUUGAGUUUGCAAGAGAGGUUGGGUUCGACAGCAUUGGCUUGGCAACCGACAACCACCUGAGCGCGGCCCGGCGGUUGUAUGCCAAGGCUGGAUUCGAGUUGAAAGUUACAGAGGAACAUCAAGCCUGGGGAGAAAAGCGCAUGGGAGAAACUUGGGAAAUGCAGCUGAAAUAGCAGAAAACUUACAGAACAGCUCUAGAUCCGAGACCUAGCGCUCCAUUCCAAUAUCUGUCAGAGAACCUGCACAAGUGGCG